CCGGCCGCCGCCCGGCCCCGGCCAUGGGGCGGCACUGAUACAAUAGCGCCGGGGACAGCGGAGGCAGGAACCCGCCUUUGUGCCACUUGCCGGGGCAGGAGGAUUAUAUUCGCCCUCUCCCUGGCAUGGAGGACGCCGGCGUCCAGAGAGGAAUAUGGGACGGGGACGCCAAGACGGUCCAGCAGUGCUUGACUGACAUUUUCACCAGCGUUUACACCACCUGCGACAUCCCGGAAAAUGCCAUUUUCGGCCCCUGCGUCCUGAGCCACACGUCCCUCUACGACAGCAUUGCCUUCAUUGCCCUCAAGUCCACCGACAAGCGCACCGUCCCCUACAUAUUCCGGGUGGACACGUCGGCGGCCAAUGGCUCGUCGGAAGGGCUGAUGUGGCUGCGGCUGGUGCAGUCGGCGCGGGAGCGGGAGGAGCAGAACCUGGAGGCCUACAUCAAGAGCGGGCAGCUCUUCUACCGCUCCCUGCGCCGCAUCGCCAAGGACGAGGAGCUGCUGGUGUGGUACGGCAAGGAGCUGACGGAGCUGCUGCUGCUCAGCCCCGCCCGGGCCCCCGCCCGCAGCAACGGCUCGCCGCCCUUCGCCUGUCCCGAGUGCAGCCAGCGCUUCCAGUUCGAGCUGCCCUUCGCUGCCCACCUCCGGUUCCGCUGCCCCAAGAGGCUGCACGGCCCGGACACCGGCCCCGCCGCCGAGACCCCCGGCGGCAAGGACGGCGCCGGCAAAGAGCAGGAGCCCGGCAAGUACUGCAAGCCCGGAGGGCCGCUCCAUCACCCCUUUCCCGGGGCCGACGGCGGCAGCCCCGCCGCCAGCAGCAAGCCCUCCACGGACUUCCACAACCUGGCGCGGGAGCUGGAAAACUCCCGCGGCGGCCACGGCGGGUCCCCGGGACGGCCGGCUCCCCCCGAGGGCGGCCCGGAGGCGGCGGCCGGGAACGGCAAGCGGCGGUACCCCGAGGAAGAGGAGCGGGGCCCCGGGGCGGCGGCGAGGGGCCGUUUCCCGGCGGAGCGGCCGGGGCUGCCCUCGGUGCCCAAGGAGGAGCCGGUGUGUGCCCCUCAGCAGCAGUACCGGGCAGCCGGCUCCUACUGCGGUUUGGAGGAGGGCGGCCGCCUCUUCGGGCCGCCCAGCCCGGAGACGGGGGAGGCCAAACGCAGCGCCUUCGUGGAGGUGAAGAAGGCGGCCCGCGGCCCCGAGCCCGACGGCGGCCCCGGCUCGGAGGAUGGCCAGGAGCGAUCUUCCCCCGCUGCCCCGGGGGCGGGCGGCGGGGAACCGGGGCUGUGCUCCCGAGGCGGCCCGGGGGGACCUCUGGCCGCCCGCCUGGAGGGGGGCAGCCCGGCGCGGGGCAGCGCCUUCACCAGCGUCCCGCAGCUGGGGGGUGGUCCAGGCGGCGGGGCGGAGGAGCGGAAAAGCGCCUUCUCCCAGCCCGCGCGCUCCUUCACCCACGUCCCCCAGCUGGUGCUGGGCCAGAAGCUGGGCGGGCUGGGCGAACCCUGCCCCGACGGCGCCGCCGCCCCCGCCCGCCUCUUCGCCGCCGAGGCACUGGCCGUCAAGCUGCCGGGCGGCGGGGAAGCGGCGGGCGGGGGCGGCGGCGGCGGCGGAGGGGGAGGCGGCGGCGGAGGGGGUCUGCCCAAGCAGAGCCCCUUCCUCUACGCCACCGCUUUCUGGCCCAAGAGCUCGGCGGUGGCGGCGGGGCCGCUGCAGCUGCAGUUGCCGUCGGCGCUGACGCUGCUGCCGCCGUCGUUCACCUCGCUGUGCCUGCCGGCCCAGAACUGGUGCGCCAAGUGCAACGCCUCGUUCCGCAUGACCUCGGACCUGGUCUACCACAUGCGCUCCCACCACAAGAAGGAGUACGCGCUGGAGCCCCUCGUCAAGCGACGCCGCGAGGAGAAGCUCAAGUGCCCCAUCUGCAACGAGUCCUUCCGCGAGCGCCACCACCUCUCCCGCCACAUGACCUCGCACAAUUAGCGGGGACCCCCCCCCCCAUCUCGCCCCGUC